AUGGACAGGUUCCUGCUCUCCGAACGGUCUACCUACCUCGGAAACACGGGUGCCGAGCGAAUAGAAUCUCUGGCUGCUUUCACGCUGUCAGAUAUUUCAGUGGCGGUCCAGACGUGGCUGUUCACUGGAGAUACUGUGCCGUGUAAGCUGCUCAAGCUGUUGCCGAUCGUGACCCUGGUGGUGACGCUGGUGACGUUCGUGGCGUUCGUGGUGGCGUACAAGAACCGGCAGGAGAGGCCCGCCUACGUGGUUCAAACGCACGAAUCGCAGGUCGAAGGCAGGGCCGUCAUGGUCGAAGGUGUCCAAGUCGUGGAGUUCCUUGGCAUACCGUUCGCCGAGAGCACGGCGGGCUCGAAUCGGUUCCGCAAACCAGUGGCGCGCUCGUUGCCCCGAAAGCUGAGCGCUCGCCGCUGGGGCCCCCCUUGCAUCCAGAGGAAGGACGGUGGCUCCGCGACCAAUUCCUCUUCGACUACGGCGACAUACGAAGAGACAGCAACGACCGCUAGUGGCCGGCAUCAGUCGACGUCCGAUGUUCAGCACCGUCCGUUGUCGUCUGUGGCCGCCGUCGUCUCGGAAACGGUAGAAGAGGAUCUCCACGGUACCGGCGGAGUCACACCGCCAGCACCGGGUGCGUUGGAGACCCGCGAACAGCCUUCGGAAGACUGCCUGCAUCUCAACAUCUGGGUGCCCCACAUGGAGUCUGGCAACGCCAGCACGUCGCCCAACUCGGGCGAGGUGAAGGAACGUGGCCCCAAGAGGCCUGUCAUCGUCUUCUUCCAUGGCGGUGGCUUCCAGGAGGGAUCCAACAGUGAUCCCAGAUAUGAUGGCAGGUACCUAUCGGCGCUUGGCGGCGUGGUUGUGGUGGUUCCCAAUUACCGUGUUGGUCCGCUCGCCUUCGUCGGCUCCGAUGACGGCAACGACGAAGACGAGCCUGGAAACCUGGCACUGCUGGACCAGCGGAUGGCGCUUGAGUGGGUGCGCUCGUACAUCGACGACUUCGACGGCGACCCCGGCUGCAUUGUAGUCGCCGGAGCCGGAUCUGGGGCCUCGUCGCUGGCCCUGCACCUCCUGAGCCCCGAGGCACAGGGGACAAUGAUGGACCUGCGCCGCUUCGUGCUGCACAGCGGUUCGGCUUUCGGUCCUUACGCCGAUCAUAGUGUGCCUAGACAGUCUCAGCAGAACCUGGUUCCCAUGGCGCGCAGCGUGGGCUGCACCGGGAGCGGCGCGGCUGAGAUACUUCGCUGCCUGCGUACAGUGUCGGCCGACGCGCUCGCGCGACUCGAGCCUGCACCGGGCGGGCCGUUCGAGCCCACGUUCGAGAGCCAGUACCUGCCAGACACACCAUCCGGCCUGCUCCUCAAGAUACCUCCUUUCCGGAAGCAGGCACGAGCCGCCGCUGUGUUUGCCUUCGCGCAUCGCUCCACUGAUCUUGAGAACCGCGAUGUGCUCAUGGGCAACGUGGCGGACGAGGGCCUCCAGGCGCUCAGUGCUUUCAACGAAACCCUGCCAGCCGGGCUUUCUCCGGAAUCUGCGCUGCACGAAUUCUUGCCCCAGGAGCUCGAAAAGUAUGGCGUGCAAGAGGCCAAAGCUUUGCUUCGUGUCUACCUCAAUGACACGGCAGGUGCAGCCACCGGGUUGACGUGGGACGAGACGCAGAGCGUAGUCUCUCAUCUGCUCGGCGACCUCCUUUAUGUGUGUCCCACUGCUUACCUGGCGCAGUACUUGAGUAGGGGAUCCGAGAACCAGGUGUACACGUUUAGAAUGAACCAGCGGCCGUCGUACGGCACUGGCGAAACUAUGACUCGGUACGAAGACGUGGACCUUGUGUUCGGCCGGCCCCUGCGGCAACCAGGCUCCACGGACGCCGAAAAAAGCCUCAGCCGGGAGAUCAUUCGAGCUUGGAGCAAUUUCGCAAAGUUCGGAGUCCUCCCUCUAGUGAACGAUAGUUCGUCCGGAUCUACCAUCGAGUGGCCGGCUCAAUCGGACAGCGAGGAAUCCACGGUCGACAUCAGCACCGCCGGUUUCAGCCUCGUUCCCGACGAGCACCGGAGCCACUGUUUCCAGCUGCAGGCUCUGGCGGCCGACGAAGUUGUGUAAAAAACAAAAGCCACUCGACCUCGGCCACAAAUGGCCGGCUUACCACGAAACUUUGCUUCGGCGAGGCAGCACGUCUCGAAAACAGAAAAAGAAAAAAAGAAAGAAUAGAAACGACUAAGUGGAGCGCUGAUGGUUUAGCGGCCGACAGCGCAAGCGCCCCGGGCUUGUUUUGUUCUGUUCUCGGAGCACACGCGCUUUGCAUACGAAUAUGAGGAAAUGUUGCUUGGGCUUUCUUCUAAAAAGUCAAGGCGGAAUCGAACGCCGCACGCGACGAGAGCGCCAUCGCGCGACUGUUUCGCGUGACACACGCAGUACCACGUUUUUGUAAUCGAUACUGCUACGCGUACUGCUCGAGGCUUGAUU